AUGCCCAGCCACCCAAUCAUAUUUGUGCUUCCCACCGUGCCCCUACUACCCUCCUUCUUACCCCCUCAACUGCCAGCCAGCCCACCACUCAUUGUCCAGCGUGAUUUUGUUGGAUAUGGUCCUCAGGACGAGGUUAACAAAGCCGUGAGGAAGACUGUGGAAUUAGCAAGGCUAGUUAAUGGUGAAGGGUUUGAGGACAUGCAGGAGGGUGAGGCAGAGAAUGAGGAUGAAGAGGAGAGUGUUGCUGAGACCAAUCAACCUCAAGCCCUCACCCUUGAAAAACUAGGGCAAGUGAUGAGAAUGACAGCACAGCUCAAACAAUAUUUUUACGACACAGACCCAUCGAUGUUGAGGGCUUUGAAGGUGAUGAACAACAGUGAUAGGCACAUAAUUCCCUACAAAACUCUGUUUGUAGAUAUGAAGAGGAAACAGUCUCAGUUGCCCAUCACAAUGUUCUUUCCAAGGAAGCCUGCUAACUCUGACUCUAGAGAUGUCGAUGAUCCACCUCCUAUUAUCAACAAUGACGCUGGCACUCAUUAUAACAUCUACAAUUUAUUUGACAGGGAGGAUCAAGCAGCUGCAGAAAAGAAGCGUCUUCAAGAGUACUGCCGUAAAGCCUACAAGAAAAUUAAGGAGACAAGAACAGAGGAACGUUGGCAGACGAUAUGCCAGCGGGAAAACAGCUUUUAUGUCAACACUGUGAGAUCUUUCAGAGAUCGUCGCUAUGAAUACAAAGGUCUUCUAAAAGUUGCUAAAAAAGAGUUGGGAGAUGCACAAACAAAGGGAGACCCUUCGGAAAUCAAGGCAGCCAAUGCUCGUGCAGUGUUAUAUGACUCCUUACAGCUGGCCCAUAAGUGUAUACUCAACUCCUUCUAUGGAUAUGUGAUGAGAAAAGGAUCCCGUUGGCACUCCAUGGAAAUGGCGGGCAUUGUGUGCUAUACUGGAGCAACCAUCAUCACUCGAUCCAGGGAAAUUGUUGAGCAGAUUGGGCGCCCUUUGGAGCUGGACACCGAUGGUAUUUGGUGUAUACUUCCAUCAUCAUUUCCAGAGAACUAUGUGAUCAAAACAAAUAAUCCCAAGAAGGCUAAAGUUACAAUAUCUUAUCCAGGAGCUAUUCUUAAUGUUAUGGUGAAAGAUCACUAUACAAAUCACCAGUAUCACGACCUUGUCAAUCCAGAAAACUUGGAAUAUUCUGUACGAUCAGAGAAUUCUAUUUUCUUUGAGGUGGAUGGCCCAUACCAAGCUAUGAUACUACCAGCGUCUAAGGAAGAAGGUAAGAAGCUGAAGAAACGUUAUGCUGUAUUCAAUUUUGAUGGCUCAUUGGCUGAACUUAAAGGCUUUGAAGUUAAGCGUCGUGGAGAGCUACAGCUGAUCAAGAUUUUCCAGUCUUCUGUCUUUGAAGCUUUCCUGAAGGGGGAUACCCUGGAAAGUUGCUAUGCUAGUGUUGCUAAGGUCGCAGAUUAUUGGCUUGAUGUCCUUUACAGUAAAGCUGCCAAUAUGCCUGAUUCAGAAUUGUUUGAAUUAAUCUCAGAAAAUCGGUCAAUGAGUCGCAAACUGGAGGAAUAUGGAGCCCAAAAAUCCACAUCAAUUUCUACAGCCAAACGACUUGCCGAAUUUUUAGGAGAUCAGAUGGUGAAAGAUGCUGGUCUCAGUUGCAGGUUUAUCAUCUCAAAAAAGCCUGAAGGUGCUCCUGUUACUGAAAGGGCCAUUCCUCUAGACAUCUUCCAGUCAGAGCCCUCGGUGAAACAUCAUUAUUUACGUCGCUGGCUGAAGGACCCAUCGCUGACUAACUUUGACAUCAGGAAUAUCCUUGAUUGGGACUACUACAUAGAAAGAUUGUCAGGAACAGUAAUGAAAAUUGUGACCAUUCCUGCAGCUCUUCAGGGUGUUGCUAAUCCAGUUCCUAGAGUGGCACAUCCUGUGUGGCUGCACAAGAAGGUACUCGAGAGGAAUGAUACCUUCAAGCAGCGUCGUAUCACAGACAUGUUCUCUGCUGCCCCAAAACCUAAACCUCAGAGAAGGUUACAGACUGUGGAGGAUGAGCAGGAUCUCUUUGCUUCACAAGAUGCCCCAGAUAUCGAGGAUGCUUUUGCACAACAGUCACAGACCAUGGGACCAACUGUGACAACAGGCAAACGAAAGAGAAUUCCAGAAUCAAGUAAAGAAAUUGAUGACUUAACCAAAAGUUGGAGAGAUGUAUUGGGCAACCCUCCUAGCAUGGGUAACUCUAAGGAAGAAUUAACAGCUUGGAUUAGAUUUCAAAAAAAGAAAUGGGAGUUUCAACGACAGCAGCGAGAAAGUCAAUCAAAGAGAAAGCGAACAGGGAGCUACCCGACCAUUGGAGUCAGUGGGAGGGGUGAUACUGGUAGUGUUGUGAGAGCAGGACCUGCUACUACACUUGGGGGCUUCCUCCGCAGAACACAGCGUACUCUGAUGGAUGUGCCUUGGCAGAUCAUUCAGCUUGCAGAAACAAAUACACCAGGACUGUACAAACUAUGGGCUUUGGUUGGCCAUGAUCUUCAUCUCAUCAAAUUAAUUGUCCCACGUGUGUUUUAUGUCAAUCAAAGAGUUCCUAAAUCAGAGACUGAGACAAGUGGAGUAUGGCGCAAGGCAAACAAAACCCUUCCUCGUUCACAUCCAGUAUAUAACCUGUAUGAGUACACAGUUCCAGAAGAAGUAUUUCGUGAGAAUAGCAAUGAGCUUAUGGCUGAUCUGUCUACUCCUGAUAUAGAAGGGAUUUAUGAAACACAGGUACCUCUGGAGUUUAGGGCUAUUGCUCAACUUGGAUGUGUGUGUGUGGUUGACAAAACAAUAGCACGAUCUGAUACAGACACAUUUGAAUUGGGUCAGUUGAAAUUCAAGACUGUAGCCCAGUUCCAGUAUUUAGAGGAAGGCAGCCUCUCCCACAUAUAUAUUUACCAUCAUCGUAGUGGCAACAAAGUUAUGUUUUCUAUCUUUUUCUACCAGAGUAAGAAGGCACACAUUUUUGUGUUGGAUACAGUGCGAAGUAACCAGAUGCCUAACGUUAAUAAUCUCUAUAAUGCCGAGAGAAAUGCCAAAAUUGCCAAAGGAUGUGAUGAAGCCUCACUGCCAGAAUCAAACUUUACAUUUGAGAUUAAAUUUGAAACUGAAUUAAGGCAAGUUUACCGUCAAAUUCAGCGUGUUCUACAAGGAUAUCGAGAUGAGAAAAGAGGUCCAACUUUUCUAGCCAUUCAGUCUCCGCACGAUCUACCAACCAUAACUGCUCUCAUGCCAGGCUUAGGAGAAUUUCCUCAAGUGCCUAUUCAUAUUACUGAUGUAGAUACAUUGUAUAAUGUCCUAGACUGGCAACGAGUGGGCGCUAGAGUAAUGAUAAAGCAUUUUAUUGAACUGAAACAGUUAUUACAUACUGCAAUGGAGCAGAGUCGUUAUUUCCAUGUGCCUGUUGGAAACCUACCUCGUGAUGCGACUGCCUUUGGUGCUGACCUGUUCUAUGUGCGGCACCUGCAGAAACAUAAUGCUAUUGUGUGGUGUUCACCUGGUCCAAGACCAGACUUAGGUGGGCACGAACAUGAUGACAAUCGAUUAGUGGCAGAAUUGGAAGAGACAGCUUCUACUGCUCAAGUUAACAACUCUGGUUGCUAUUCUGCAGUUUGUGUAGAACUGGACUUGGAUGCAUUAGCAGUGACCACACUUUUACAGGCACAUCACAUUAAUGAAAUGGAGGGAACAAGUAGCAGUGUGGCCUUUGAUGCUGCACCUCAAGCCUCUUUACAAGACAUGAUGGGUGGGGCUGAGUCCACUCUCACAGCAUAUGAUGAGACUGCCAGGUGUGCUCCAGCAUUCAGGAUCCUCCGGCAGAUGGUUGCUGCUUGGCUUCGUGAUGUUUCCAUCUACCAGAAUGUAUUUGCAGACUUUCAGAUAAUACAUUUCUACCGAUGGUUACGUGACUCAAGCUCACUGAUGUAUGAUCCUGCACUCCAUCGCAUCCUUUACACACACAUGCAUAAAUUGUUCCUUCAUCUUGUUGCUGAAUUUAAGCGAUUAGGUUCCAUCAUUGUUUUUGCCAAUUUUAAUAAAAUUGUUUUGUGCACUAAAAAGAGAAGAGUGGAUGAUGCUAUUGCUUAUGUACAGUAUAUAGUAAACAGCAUCCGUGGCAAAGAACUAUUUCACUCUAUUGACAUAUCUUUUAGUCAGUGUUGGGAAUAUCUUAUGUGGCUGGACCCAGCAAACCAUGGUGGCAUAAAGGGUAAAUUACCCAAGGACCUUUCUCAGAUAGAAAACAAAAGUCAAGAUGAAAAUAAAGAUUCUAAUGAUGAGGAUGAGGAUCCAGAAAAGCAAAUGAACACAGAAAAUAGUGAAGUAGUAGAAGAGGAGGAUAGUUCAGUCAUUGAAAUGAAUUGGAAUAUGGCUGAAUAUCUUCCUGAAUGGUGUGGUUGUCAAAGUAGCUUCAAUAAUGUCAUUGCCUCAUACAUGAAUGCAGUGUUUGAGAAACUGCAGGAAGAAAGUGGGCGAUUUACUCCGGGUAAUACACCCAUGAAACGCAAAGUUUCGAGUCAGAUCAGUCGAAAACCUGCAGAUGCUCUCAAAGGGUUUGAAGACUAUGCCCAAGAUCUGGUAUCAGGAGAAUUGGCACAAAAGUUAUAUUUCAUCACUCAGAAGAUCCAUAAGAAAGGAACACGUGGAAGAGAGGAGGAAGGGGAGGAGGCACAGUUGAGUACUCAGAGUAUAUCUACGGACCCACAUAGCAUUCCAGCGUUAGAGUUUGUGAAAAGCGUUACAAAAGUCUUGUCCCUAGACUCAGCAGUUACAGAACAGGUUUGUAAGCUGCGCAGAGAUCUCUUAAAGCUCUUGAAUAUUGGAGAAUUUUCCCCAGAGGCUGAAUGGAAAGACCCGUGUGUUUCUUACGUACUGCCAGAGGUCAUUUGUCGUGCUUGUAAUCACUGCCGUAAUAUUGACCUCUGCAAGGAUCCUCAUCAAUCUGUGGAGAAUGGAGUACAUGUGUGGCUGUGCCCUGUAUGUAGCACAAGCUAUACAUCUGGUGAAAUACAACAUCAGCUGAUUGCUCUUAUCCACACAAACUCCAUGGCACAUGUUCUUCAGGACCUUCAGUGUGAUCGGUGCUCACAGGUCAGUGUGUAUCUGUAUGAUUAUUCAGUGUUAAACGUUUUAAAAUAGGGCUAAUUGUCAAAGGC